AUGUACUUCCCCUACCCCCAGUUCUUCACCUCCUCCUCCUCCGCCACCUCCUCAGCAGCAUCGUCAGCAGCUUCAUCACCUACAUCCUCCGCCCCCUCAACGCCGCGCUCACACCCAACAUCCUACCACGCCACCUCUCCCUACCAAUCCUCCACCACCUCCGCAUCACCAAUCUCCAUCUCCUCCCCCUGCGCCUACCCAUCCUGGCCUACGCGGCCAUCUCUCCAAUCCUCAUCCCGCCAUGAAAACGCACCCUUCGCACACACAGCCGCUUCAAGCUACCUCGACGACGACGAUCUGAGUCCGUUGGAUGAGGGGGAAGAGGAGUUGUUACUCGCACAGACGCGGCCGACGAGGUCGCUGGUGGAUACGAGAGCGAUCCGCGAGGCGCUGUUGGAGGAGGGCGCCAGGAAGAAGGCGAGGAAGCUGAAGGUUGUGCGUAGGAGGGGGAGUGGAGGGAGUGAGAGGGGGAAGUUGAGUACGAUUGUUGAGGGGAGUUAUGUUGGGUAG